AUGCCUCGCAAGAGAAAAAGCAAUUUGGGUAGAAAAACAAAUAAUGCCAAGAGACAAAAAUUGUGUGUAUCCACGGAAUCAGUUGAUUAUGAUGAUUCGGACUCUGAUGAUGGUGUACAUAGCAAUAAUGAGUCGACAAUUUUAAGUUCCGUUGUAGUUGAAGAUUAUGCACGACCUUCAACCAGUCGAGAGCGUGUCGCCCUAUUUAGGUCUCAGCAGAAUGAAAAAGAACGUGAAAGCAGGCGAGACACUGAACGUUUAAGAUUUAGCCAAAGAAUACAAAAUGAGACGGAAGAGGAGCGAGAAGCUCGACGGAACAGGGACCGAAUACGGCACGUCCAGAGAAAAGAAAAUGAGACAGAAGAGGAGCGAGAUGCACGUCGGUGCAGCAACCGAAUACAGCAAGUUCAGAAGAGGGGAAACGAGACAGAGGUUGAGCGAGAAGCACGUCGGAACAGUGACCGAAUACUACACGUUCGGGGGAGGGAAAACGAAACAGAGGAGGAGCAAGAAGCACGUCGGGAGAGUGACCGAAUACUACAUGUUCAGAGGAGGGAAAACGAGACAGAUGAGAAGCGAGAAGCACGUCGGAACAGUGACCGAAUAAUACACGUAAGGAAGAGGGAAAAUGAAACAGAGGAGGAGCAAGAAGCACGUCGGGAGAGUGACCGAAAACUACAUGUUCAGAGGAGGGAAAACGAGACAGAUGAGGAGCGAGAAGCACGUCGGAACAGUGACCGAAUACGACACGUACGGAAGAGGGAAAACGAAACAGAGGAGGAGCAAGAAGCACGUCGGAACAAUGACCGAAUAUUACACGUCCAGAGAAGGGAAAACGAAACAGAGGAGGAGCAAGAAGCACGUCGGGAGAGUGACCGAAUACUACAUGUUCAAAGGAGGGAAAACGAGACAGUGGAGGAGGGAGGAGCACGUCGAAACAGUGACCGAAUCCUACACGUUCGCAGGAGGGAAAAUGAAACAAGAGAAGAGAGAGAAAGUAGGCAAGAACGAGAUAGAGUUCGGCAAAACCAACGUAGGAAUAAUGAAACUCCUGAAGAGCGGGAAGCUAGACAUAUAAUCGACAAUGAUAGGUACCGUCGCACUGUUGAAGAGCAAACUCUACUUUUGCAUGACGAGGCGACCCGAGUGGAGGAACUUCGAGCAAGCCAGGACAUUGCUGACAGAAAUGCCCGUGUUGCCGCUGAUUCUGAAAGACAUAGGGUUUUGUCACGCUUUGAGUUGGUCAAAGGAACCACGUGGAAUAUGUUGUGCUUCUGGUAA